CACUCGUGAAAAGCAUUGGAAAGACGAGACCUCCUCAAACCGUAAUAAAUGCGUAUAUCACUUUAAGAAAGUUCAAAGUUCACAGCCAACUCCACGUGGUUUCAUCAACAUGGUAGCUACUUGAGCCGUCAGUGUAUGUUUAAAAGUAGCGCAAAAAGCAGAGUCAUGGAAGAGUGUUGUAGAAGUCCUGUGACUGAAGCAGCCCCCCAAAAGGAGGGGGACGCUGCUGACCCCCUCACUGACUCCACAGAUCAUGUCAGCACUGCAGGAGAAGGUGAAGUGGCCUCGGACACCAGCAUUUAUGGUUACAUCAAGCAAGACCUUUUUACGUCUGAGAUCUUCAAAGUGGAGAUCCGGAAUCUGCCAAAGUUCAUUGGCUUCAAUGACCUGAAGAAGUUCCUGGCCAAGCAUGGCCUCAAUCCGCACAAAAUCAAGCUUUUUGGGAAGCACACGUUUGCUUUUGUCACCUUUAAGAAUGAGGAGGAGCGCGACAAGGCCAUGAGGAUGGUGCACGGCAUGCAGUGGAAGGGCCAGGUGUUAAGUGUCAAACUGGCCAAGCCGAAAGCCGAUCCCAUCCAGAGGAAGAGGAAGCAGCAGGAGGAGGGAGAAGGUGUGGGAGGGCAACCACCUUCCAAGCGUGCAGAAGGGAACGAGGAGGAGGAGGAGGAGCCGCUGAGUGUCCAGAUUGCCAACGUGGUGACUCCCCUGUGGAAUGUUCCCUACGAUGAGCAGCUGAAGAGGAAGGAGCAAGAUGUGGUUGCGGUUCUGCAGAGGCUGGCCAAAGAGAUUGCAAGCACCAACAAAGCCAUGCUGCCCUGGCUCUUUGAUGUAAAAGGCAAACAAAACAGAAUGUGUUGUCCCCUGGAAGCUAUUUGUCCAUCCCCUACACAGACGCAGUACAGAAACAAGUGCGAGUUCCUCAUCUCAGUGGGCGCGGAUGGGGAGGAUAAGACCAUUGGCUUCCGCCUUGGGAAAUAUAAAGGAGGCUCCUGUGCUGUGGUGGGGCCGGCGGAAGUGUGCCAUGUCUCAGCCGAGGCCAAGAAAGUUGUCCACGAGUUUCAAAAAUUCAUCAGGUCAACACCUUACACUGUGUACAGUCCUGAAACGUAUGAAGGACACUGGAAGCAGUUGACUGUUCGGACCACCAGGACCAAACAAGCAAUGGCAAUAGUGUUCUUUAACCCGCAGAAACUUGAAGAAACACAACUUGAUGCAUUAAAGGCCUCCAUGAAGAAGUACUUAGCAGAAGGAGAGGGCAAAGACAGCGGCAUCACCUCUCUUUACUUUGUCAGAGAGGGCCAACGGAAAUCUCCUAAUGUUGAAGACUUGCCCUGUGAGCUGGUAGCAGGAGAUUGCUGCAUCCACGAGGAGCUUCUUGGUUUAAAAUUCAGAAUUUCUCCCCAUUCUUUCUUCCAGGUAAAUACUGCAGGAGCAGAGGUUCUGUACUCUACAGUUGGGGAAUGGGCCCAACUUGAUCAGGACAGCAUAGUUCUGGAUGUGUGCUGUGGGACAGGAACUAUUGGCAUUUCUUUGGCUAAGAGGGUCAAGAAAGUAAUUGGGAUUGAACUUUGCCAGGAGGCAGUGGAGGAUGCCAAAGUUAAUGCAAAACUAAACGGGCUCAGCAAUGUCGAGUUUCACUGCGGGAAAGCUGAAGAUUUGUUCCCCAAUAUUCUUAGUGCUCUUGUGUCACCCAAAGUCACAGCCAUUGUGGAUCCACCGAGGGCGGGCUUACAUUCCAAGGUGAUACUAGCCAUCAGGAGAGCAGAGCAUCUGAAAAGGCUGAUUUAUGUGGCGUGCAAUGCCAAGGCAGCCAUGAAAAACUUCAUUGACCUGUGCAGGGCACCGUCCAACAGAGUUCAUGGAGCGCCAUUCCAGCCUGUGCGAGCCAUGGCUGUGGAUUUGUUUCCUCAGACAGCACACUUUGAGAUGGUUAUGCUCUUUGAGAGAGUGGACUACAACUCCCAGUAGCAGAUCAACAAUCAGGAAGAAACUGUAUUUUCAUCUUAGUUCCUUUGCAAAUGUAUGCAUGCUCAAACAUGUCUAAUUAGACAUUGAAUUAUAACAAUUACACUGCAUUCGGUUUGGUGUAGAUGUACAUCUUUUAAAUGGCUUACCAUCCUAAAUUCAGCAAGUUUCUUUUUUUUUUUUUAAAUAAGCAUUUUUCCCCAUACUUAAGUUAGGCUUUUUCUUUUGGAAUAAAACUUUGUUCCCAAAAUA